AUGCCGGACAGCAGCAACCGUUUCUCGACGCAGUCCGCCGCCUCGACUUCUUCAUCGGUCGGGGGUUCGUCCUUCCGACACUCCCUCAGUUCGUCCAGCAACGGCCGCCUGACUCCCGCGUCGGAACGGUUGAGCAUCCGCGUCCCCGACAACAAGCGCUACUUGCGAGGCGCGACGUCAGUCGCUGGACGAACCAGCGAGGAGGUGGGGGAAGGAGACCACGGGGAGACGUGGGUCGACGCGGACGAAGGGGAACACGCAGGAGGGCAGCAUAAUGCGCAAGACGAGGUCGAAGAAGCAGACCGGGGAGUCGGGUGGACGGGAAGCGCUUCCGAGGCUGUUGGAGUCGGGCUGGGACUGGGUUUCGACGUUGACAUGGGCGCCGUCCGCGCUGAUGCUCUUCGUACGCCUCCGCGGAUUGAAAGAGAGGUCGGCGGUGUGGACACGGGCGCAUCAACGAUGCUUCGUGACCACGUUGACGGCGAAUUCGCUCCUUCCGCCGGCGCCGACUCGAUCUCGCAUACUUCCGAAGCUUCGACAUCGAGCACGGCACUCUCGACGCAUCAGUCUGUCGCUUCGUCCGACUCGUCAACCCUGAGCCUCCCAACCGCCCCUCCAGUCGACCUCUCUCUGCCCAAUCGACCGAACGCAAGCGGUCCGUUCGUCAGCGUUGCGAGCGGUCCUAUGGGUCGCCUCGCGGCAGAGAAUGCCUCUACGUCGCGACCAACGACCUCGAGCAGCGCACGCUCCUUCCUCUCCAGCUUGCUCAACCGCUCACCCCGCUCCAGCGGCCACUCUCCGCGAUUCACCACUCCGAACACCUCGUCAUCUUCAUCGCCGAACCCUUCCAUCCCUCGCUCUCCUUCCGCACCUCACGGCUGGCAACCCCAUCCAACCGUCGCAGCGCUUCAGUCGAACGAUGCCAUCCAUUCUCGCUCGACUAGCAUGCCGGCGAUCGCCGGCGCGCCCCAGCCUCGGUCGUCGAGCGACUUGUUUCGACCCGAGUCGGUCGCUUGCAACGCUCCGCAGCGACGCACGCCCCGAUCUAUCGCCGCAGCGACUUUCGCCGGCCUUGCGAGGUCCACCUCACUGCGCGGCACGGCAGACUCGAGCAGUAUGAGCAGCGGCUCUCACAGGCCCGCUCCGCCCGAGACACAGUCGCCUGUACCAACCAUCGGCCUCUCAACGCCGCCGCCGCCUCCCCUCGUUCCGUCGCCUCCCACCCUUGCAUCUAUCGGCUUGACCGUCAACCCGCUCACGCAGCAGCUCUCCCUCUCACGCAACGCCCAGCCGCUCUGCGGAGCUCUCUUGGACAACAAGUACCUCCUCAUCGGCACGACCGCCGGCCUCGACUUCCUCCCUCUUCCGCUCCCCGGUUCGCUUCCGAUGAAGCAUCAUGGCCUCAAGAAGCGGAGGGAAACUCGCAAGCCUAUUCCGCUCAUCAAACGGACGCGGUUCAAGGAGCUGGCGGUUCUCAACGAGCGGUCCAACAUCUUGCUUGCCAUUGCCGGCCGAAACGAUCACGUCCGAGUGUACGCUCUCGACGGGAUCAGGGCGAUGAUUGAGCGAAAGAUGGCCGAGAUCGACAUCAAGGACGGCUACCCGAUCAUCCAGGAUGCCGCCAUCUUCGACUCUGCUACGCCUACGCCUCGCUCUACGGCAGCGAAAGGCAAACAGCGGGCCGAGCCGUCGGAUGCCAGCUCUUCCUCGCACGACGCACCUCUCGCAACGUUCCCCCGCCCUUCGCAACUCGCGCCCAACUCUUCCUACCAGUUCCCUUCGACUUCCCCGUCAGAUCCGCAGGCGCCUACUCCGCGCCGACGACCUUCUCUCGCCCGGAACCGACCACCUUCAUGGCAUCGCCUCUCGAACCCACUUUACUCUGCCGUCUCGCCCACCUCGCCCAUCCGCAUCUCUGGCCGCCAGACUCCGUCUUCGACCUCGGUCGUCCGCACUCUCCCUACGGCGACUCCCCGCGGCUCCGUGUCCAGUCAGGCGACUGUCCAAGCCGGCACGCCUCGCACCAUCCGUCCGCAAAAUUCGCGCGACUUCGUGGCGGGCCGACGCGGAUCGACCGCGACCAUGCAGCGGCGAUACAGCAGGGCUGACGGCGGAGCUUCGUCGCCCGGUCGAAGGUCGAGCGCGCCCUCGCUUCACUCGCGCAGGGCGAGCACGAGGUCGGUCAGCGGGCGGAAGAGCUCCGCUGACGGGUCGAGCGAUGUCCCGCCGGUUCCGUCGCGACGUUUCGAGCCGCGGGCGCCGGUCAAGCCCCUCAACACGCUUGAGCGCUCGCCAACAUCCGACUUGGCCGAGUUCCUCGCCACGACCGGUCCCGACCUCGACUCGCCCGAGCUGGAUCGCGUCCUUGCGUCGAGUCGCGAGCGUCGCAGGUCGUCGAUCGCUGAGCAGGUCGCGCAGACGGAGCAAGACGCCCAGCUCUUUCCGGCAGCCAAGCGUUUCGCACGUUCGACCGCGUCGUCGCACGCCGCAGGUCUCGCGGCUUUCGGAGCGAAGGACGACAGGACCUUUGUCGAGCAUCUUGACGUCGGGGACACGAAUAGCUCUGAAGCCAUCACGGACGCACCUCCCCCUCUCCCGCCCAAGCCGCAAGCCCGUCGAGCUUCGACACCCCUCCUCACGCCAGGUCAGAAGUCGCCGUCCAUGAACCUCGCGGAGUGGAUCAGUCAGACUGGGCCCGCGAGCGACCAGCGGCUGGCGACGACUCGACGACCUCCACCCGAUUUGUCGAACGGCUUUCGCGAUCCGUUCAGCGAAGCGAACGCUCCAUCGCAUUCGCCACAGGUCCCGUCGGCUUCGUCGUCGCCCACAAGCCAGGCCACCAGCCGUUUUGCCCCUCGCUCGCCCGUUGUCAGCAGCGAGCUGGACGAGGGAGCGUCGGCGAGCCCGCGAGGAACGGAACUCUCGCUUGCCGAGAUCAUUCGAGACGGCCCUCCACCAUCUCCGUCGCUCGCUAACACGUCUCCAGGCUCACGCGCCGGCAAACGGUGGUCGAUAGGCGGCGUCGGCGCUAAACUGAUGAACAAACCUGCGCCGAACGAUGGCGGCUCCCCGAAGCUUGCCAGUCGUCGCAACGACCGUUUCUCUGCGGACAGCCCCAGGUCGUCGAACGGCUGGGAGCUGGUCUCUGAGCCGGAACAAGCCGUCGACGAGCAGGCCCAGCCGCUUGCCUCGCAGCCUCUUCCGUUCCCAACUUCUCCGGCAGCUCAGAACGACCCGUCGCCCGCUAUCAGGAGGACGGCCAACGACCAGAAACGCCGUCCUCUCUCGUCCUUCAACCAAGGUGAACCGCUCAUUGUGCCGGCUUCGGCACAGGUUCCGCCCCCGCUGGACGCGCAUCCAGCCAACAGCCCCGUCGAGUACGUCAAGCUGGCGCGGACGCGCGGCGCCCGACUGUUGCGAGCCGUCGAAACGAAGAAGCGGACCUACCUCGCCGUCCUCUGUGGCGAGGAAGGCGAACGCAUCGAGCUCUUCACCGGCUCGCGGUCGAUCUCGCUCAGCCUGAAUCGCACCUUCGUCUUGCCGGAGACGCCCAAGACGAUUGAGUUCCAGCUGCAAGGGGACGACCUCGUUGACAUCUAUCUCGUCUACGGCGAAUCGAUCUUCGCGCUCGAACCGGCGACCGUUCGGGUGCGAGAAGUCGGCGUCGGCAGAAGCGAGCGAAGGGCUCGUCGGGAGCGCGAACGGCGGAUGCGUGAUUUGGCGACCUCGACUCGCGUCGAUGCCGCUACCGACCAGCCGGACGAACUCGCCUCGUCAGGCCUGCAUGCGGCGCUUCAUCCCGCCGAUCACGUCCUUCGCGAGACGGAAGAAGCAUCGGCCCGUGCAGGAGCCGGCAGAUCCCGUUCGCCUUCGCCCGUCCCGCAGGCGGAGUCAGCAGCCGCAGCCGAGCACGACGAGCCUCUGCCGCCUCAGUACACCGUUCGCGAAGCCGACCACACCAUGGCACAACUCGAGCCGGCUCCUUUUCCGACAACGAACGAAUCGCCUGACCCAGAGGCCGCCGCAGCGCCGAACAAGCUCGCCGAACCCUACACGAGCUUUCAGCAGCUACCCUUCGUUCCGCCUGUCCCGUCGAGCGUUCUUUCAUCGGCUUACACGAUUCCGCCCCUCUACACCGACGUUGUCGGACCCGCAGCGCCGUCGCCUAACUUCCCCCUCCAGCAACCCUCCAUCACCGUCACACAGGAGAGCGGAACAGACGAGGCGAACGUCUCGCCUCCACCACCCCCGAACGAGUACGACCUCCCGCUUCUCUCGCCAAUCUCGCUCCUCGGUGGGCAACGCCAGACUGGUCCGCCUGGCCUCUUCUUCGUCUCGAAGGGCGCCAACUUGACUGGCAUCGUGACUGCCGACGGCAAAAGCGUCAUCAAGCGGCCACUCGUCUGGGGCAAUGACCGAGCAGCCAUCGACACCGUCGUCGAUGGCAUGCAGCGCAUUGAAGUUCUCGUCCUCCACGGCAAGCGCACCGCCGUCGUUCGCGUCUCGCCGCAGGACGUCAAGGUCAUCUCGGUCGACGGCGCCUCCCCGUCCCAGCCUUUCACCUCCGCCAUCCCCGUCUCACCUGCACGCUCUCGCCCUCGUAUUCAGUUUCUCGCUACGCACGCUGCUGGCCAGCAGCUUGUCUACUCCCAAACCGUCGGAUCCGCCUUCAGCAUUGUCUGCCUUGGCCCGUCCGCCCUGUCGUCCUGA